AUGCGUUCCACAAGACAAUCCACUAGAAUCGUUUUUGGGGAACCUAGACCUAUUCCAAAGCCGGUUGAGGUAAUUGGAAAAGGAAAGGACAUUGUAACAAAUGAAAAUGAGGAAGUUUCUGAGGCAACGUGCAUUGUUGACCUUAUGAUGAAUCAGGCCAAGGCAACUGCUACUGAAAAGAUAGAGAUCUUCGAUACUUGGGCCAGAAGAGACAACUUCAACCCUCUAGAGAAGAGUGCUAAAGCUGAAGAGAAAGCCCUAAAAAGAUUGGACGAGAUUAUGGAGGAUUACAUUUCGGUUGUUGCCCGUUAUGUUCAUGGAGAAAAUUGCUCAGGAGCCAGUCCUUUUGAAAGCUCUUCAGAUGAAGAUGAGAUCAUGAAUCUGUCAGAUGACUGCAACGUUGAAGAAGAUGAGCAAGCUUUUGCUCUUCUUAUUGAAAUGGGAAAUUUUUCAGCAGAGGAAAAACGUCUAAUGGCUCAACCUGUAAUGGAGAAAUCUGUGGAACCCAUUCAAACCAAUCCGUCCAUCGAAGAAGAAAGAGUUCAAGAGCCGGUUCAAGCUCUUGUUGCUCAAGAAAAGGAAGUGAUUGAAGAGCCAGCUCAAGCUCUUAUUUCCCGAGAAGAAGAAGUGUUGAAGUCUCUUGUUCUUGAAAUAGAGGCAUCACAAGAAAAAGAAGCUGAAUCUCUACCAUUUCCUAGUAUCAAUGCUGCAAAUAUUCAUGAAAAUAUUAUAAACCCGUUUCAUGAUUUAGGAAAACUAUCCGAAAUAGUUCACAAGGUUUGUGAAGAUGUGGAGGAAGAAGAAGAAAAAUCUGAGAGUAAAUUAGAGAAGGAUGAACCCGAGCAGUCCAUGCAAGUUCAUACCAACAUCAGUCCCAUUCAUACCACUCUAGCAUACUCUCAAGAGAUUUCGUCCAAUGAAGGAUCUUCGGCUGAAGGUUCAAAGCUCAUGAAGUCCAUGACUGCAUUGAUUGCAACUCUUCAGAAGAAUGUGGCAAAAAUGGGAUCUAAUAUGGUGAAAAUCAUGAAGACCCAGAAAGAGGACAAGAAGGAAUUCGAUGAUCUUCUUAAAACCCACAAAGAGAUGGAACUGACGCUGAAAAGAAACACGUAUGAAGUUCAUAUGGUCAACAAGACAUAUUCCAAAUUUGAAAAGAACCUCUUUAAGCGAAAAUCCGACUUGCAUGACAUUGAAAGAGAAAUCAAUGUUGAUCUUCAACGUGAGGUUAUGGAUGGAAUAAGCUUGAUUCAAAAUCAGAUGAUUGAGGUUCAAUGCAACAUGAGAAGGGCAGAUGCUGAAAGGUUAGAACAAGCUGAUUCUUUUGCAAAAAGGAUUCAUGCCAAAGAAGAUACCAAGGCGGUUGCUGAAAAAGAGAAAAAUCUCAUCACUCAAGGUGAAGACAAUAGCGGAAGAAGAGGUGGUGGUGUUUCAACUGGGACCAGGUCCAAGCGUAAGCCAACCAGUGAUGAUAGCGACAGACCAAGUAAAAGAGGCGGAGGUCGCAACGGUGAUCGUGGUGGCAGAGUUGGUGGAAUUGGUCGUGGUGGCCGCUCUCUUCCUCCGUUUCAAAAUCUUUUGACUGGUGAAGGGAUGAGUGGUGAAGGAUUCACCUAUCGAAUUGAUCCACGCAUGAAAAGGGAAGAACAAUGA